AUGCCAGCUCAUGGUCCUCCAUCUCCCGGUCACCAACAAGGGACGAAACGGCAACGACAGUCUUCUUACGACGCCGGAUCAGAUCGCAACAGCCAUCCAAGCCCGAGCGAGCAACUUGCUGGUGAUGCGACACAGUCUGCUGGCGGUAACAGUGCCGCCGGUAAGGCUGGUCAGAGCAGCAACUUUCGCAAUGUGAGCGCUUGCAACCGGUGCCGUUUGCGCAAGAAUCGAUGCGACCAGAAGCUGCCCAGCUGCGCCAGCUGUGCUAAGGCUGGUGUCGCUUGUGUUGGUUACGACCCCAUUACCAAGAAGGAGAUUCCGAGAAGCUAUGUUUUUUACUUGGAAACUCGAGUAGAGCAGCUCGAGAAGCUGCUCGCCGCAAACAACAUCUCUUUUCCACCAGCCGAGAACCUCGAGCUGUGUUCUCGCCCUUCGGCUGAUGCCGCGAGCACCUUAUCUGCGACGGAUAGUGCCUAUUCUCAAUCGGAGGCCGGUGAUCGCGCAAACCCCAGGCACCAUCAGGCAUUGGAAGCACUCAAGGCAAAGAAGGCUCCUCCUCAAAGUCCAGCAUUAGCGAAUAUUAUUAGCCCGCCAAAGGCGAGAUCUCUCGCCUCCGCAUCCGGAGUUUCCUUUGCCCGAGUGGUCUUUGCAGCAGUGCAAUAUUCUGUAUCCGAGCAGACAGGCGGCAUGGAUCGUAAUUCGGGUGGCAAGCAAGGCGUCAGCGGUGCUUCUGCCUCCAUGAGAGACUCGUUCUUUGGCCUUCACACUCGACCUACCAUCCAACCUGCACCAUUCCCUGAGAAGGAGGAGGGCAUGCGGCUCGCAACAUUGUACUUUGAGCACGCCAAUCCUCAGAUUCCGGUUCUUCAUCGCGUCGAGUUCAUGCAGACGUUCGAAAAGGCUUACAAGACUGAAUGCAAGGGUCUGACUGCUCGCGAAAUGUACAUGAUCUACAUGGUUUUUGCCAUUGGUUCUGGUGUUAUUCUGGGCGAACCGGUUAAGACAUCUGCCUCGGAUAAUCCCAAAAUGUCACUAGGUCAGGCCAAGGGUGCCUGUCAGCCAGAAGAGUAUCAUGCCAGCGCCAUUGUACACCUGGAGGAAUGUUUGAGCACGAGCGGUGGCUACUUGGAGGUACUCCAGGCCGUAUUGUUGCUUGCAAACUUUGCACUAUUGCGGCCGGUACCACCUGGACUAUGGUAUAUUACUGGCGUUGCUGUACGACUAGCUGUGGAUCUUGGGCUUCACCACGAGGAUGGAGGAGAUGUCGAGGCAAUCCCUCCCGAACCCACUGCCGAUCCUGAUGCCGCUCAGGCAGCUGAGAUUCGCGAGGGAAGUGCCCAAGAUCGUGGUCGACGACUUUGGAUUCGCGACCUGCGGCGACGGCUUUGGUGGUGCACAUACACUUUUGAUCGACUGGUGAGCACUUGCGUGGGUCGACCGUUUGGUGUCAGUGACGAAAUCAUCACAACUGAGCUACCUUCGCUCCUCGACGACGAAUACAUUACUCGAAAUGGAUUCCAAGAACCUCCAGAUGGCGAUGACCACCCCAGCUACAAGCAUGUAGCACACCACUACUUUAGGUUACGACUGCUUCAAUCCGAGAUUUUGCAAGUCCUCCAGUACAACCAGGCACAAAUGGCACGAGCAUCCGGUGGCCAUCAGGCCAAACUGUACCCCGAAAUGCGAUCUCACCUACCUUCACCCUUCCUUGUUCAAUUCGAUUCAUUCCGAUCAUGGCGCAUGGACAUUGACAGACGACUGUAUCAAUGGAAGACAUCGGCACCAACAAGGGAAGAAACUGGUGUCGCCUUCUCGACCGAAUUUCUCGAGCUCAACUACUGGCAGGCCAUUAUUCUGCUGUACAGACAAAGCUUGAGCGUGCCGGCCAUGUUUGAGGGGGAGUACAACACGUCUGAUGAAGUCAAUAGUCCAACAGCAUUCACGGCAGAGUUGCGGGAGGAUGAGGACCGAAUUUACCUCAAGGUGGCCGAGGCAGGUCAAAAGAUUUUACGAAUUUAUCGACAGCUUCACCUUAGUGGGCUGGUCAGCUAUACUUACCUGUCAACUCAUCAUCUAUUCAUGGCCGGAAUUUCGUACCUUUAUGCUAUUUGGCACUCGCCCUUGGUGAGAAGCCGCUUGACCAUGGACGAAGUUGACUUUACCGUUUUGGCCGCUAAAUCAGUCUUUUCCGACAUGAUUGAUAAAUGCCCGCCUGCCGAGACUUGUCGCGAUGCCUUUGAUCGAACAGCCAAGGCAACGAUCAAGAUGGCCAGCUCUAGUGGUGGAUUCGGUAUUCAACCCCAGCAGCAGAGACGACAGCGACGAGAGACAAUGACAUGGACGACUGCGCCGGAUGGCUCAUCGAUGAAGCCUCCGACCCGUGCCCACCGGCAUCACCAAUCAGAGGCAGCACCCUUCCAGUUCGACUUAUCACUGUCAGACAGCUUAUCAUCACCCAGCUUGUCAGCCACUGGAGAAAUGGCUGCGCAGCAUACACCACCGCUGGCCAAGCCAAAGGCGUAUGACACGGAUACGUUUAUGAGUGGGCAAAGUGCCGGCCGUAGCGGCCCUAGCCCCAGCGACGCAAUGAGCCAGGAUGACGGAUCCUCGAUUGACCCGUCUCUGGUGCCGUCACCCCCGAUGACUCGUCGCAACGCGCCUCACGGAGCACCGGCCGGCUCCUUCAUGGGUCAGCAAUUCGGGCUUCAAGGAUCAAUGGACUACCCGGACGCGCAGACAAUGGAGUUUCUGCACAACCUAGGGGCGACUCCGAAUGGCGAUAUAAACGGCGUGGAUCAGGCCCAUAUUGAUUUGGGAUUCGGAAUGAACUGGGAAGGUAUGCACAACGAAUACGGAGAGGGCCAGCAAAUCAAUCCAUUUGAUACCUUCUUUUUCGGUGGUCAACAGGGCGGCGGAGGCGGCAACAACAGCAGCAACAAUAAUAACAACAGUAACGGAAAUGGUAACAGCAACACCAAUUAA